CUGUAGCUAAUGGCAAUGGUAACGAUUCCACAGUUCACACUGCUCCAUGAACACCCCUGCAAUCAUCUGCUGAGCCAAAUUUCAACUCUCUCCUUCCUCUUCAAUUCCCCUCCUUAAUCCCUGGAUUCGCCAUUUUAUCUGCUCUGAAUUUCAUCCAGCACGCGGCGAAGAUGGCAGCUUUUCUUCAGACCAGAACACUUCACUUGAUCAAAAGACCCAGGCUGUUAGAUCCCCUGUCCUCGUUGUCGCCUUUCGCCCGUUACUUCAACACAAUCGCCGCCGCCCAUCAACAUCCCGAUCCGGAAGGGCAGUCGUCUUUCUCUUUCGGAGACGGUGGAAACAGCGGCUGCGAUGCUAUCCUUGUGAAGGGGCCUAACUCCGGUCCGAAACGUGAAGGCGGGUCGUCUUCGGUGACGAUGCCGAUGUCGUUCAUGACGGGAUCAAUCGUCGGGAAGAGGUUCUACAAGCAAGUGACGACGAGACAGUCGGACGACGGCAAUGGGUGGUCGGUGAUGCUUGAUUACAGAACGCUCAAGACUCCUUCGAAAAGGGCUCUAAAGUUGCCGACUUUGUCUCUUGCCAAGGCAAUUGCUGCUGAGUGGGAUUACCAGCAAACAGAUGGAAUCAGGCCUUUCACUAUGCCCCUUAUGAGGCUUGCUUGUACUGCGUUGGAGAGGGUUCCAGUCACACGCCCAAAGAUUGUAGAUAACUUGAUGAGGAAAUUCAACCAGGACUUGGUUUUCUGUCGUGCUCCAUGGGAUAAUAAUCUAACAAGUGGUGUAUAUGAUCGGCAAGUGCAGAAAAUCGAUCCUUUGCUCGAUUGGGUGAAGACAGAAUUCGGGUUUAAGCCUGUGGUCUAUUCAAGUUUCUUCGGUGGCAAGCAAGACGAAGGACUGGUGAAGGCCAUGGAAAAGCUUCUGAAAAUUACCAGUGAUUGUGAGUUGGCAGCAAUUGAUGCUCUAGCAGCUGCAUCACAUUCGUUGGUGAUUUCUGUUGGGAUCUUCCGUGGGAGAUUGGACAUUGAAGAAGCAAUUGAGUUGAUUAGACUUGAAGAAGAUUUGCAGGUUCACAAGUGGGGUUUAGUUGAAGGAGGUCACGAUUUGGAUAUUGCUGAUCUCAAGGUACAAGUAUCAUCAGCAGUAGUGUUCCUUGGUCUUUCAAAAUUUUGAGCUUUUGUGUAUCUCUAGACUUCUAUAGAAUUUACCUUUUUAAGAGCCAGCUUUUCUAGGGGAUAGUUUUGAGCUAUUUUUGUGAUUGCCUGAGAGUCUUGUUGAUGUAAUAAUCCAGUUCUGGAUCCACGUCACUUGCUACUGAUGUACAAUGAAGUGACUUGACAAAAGCAAAUACAGAUGCGAGCUAUCCAGGAACGAAGCUUAUGCCUGAAUGGUCAAAUCUUACUCUUGUCGCUGUUUCUGCUUUAUAAGUUCCGCUGUUAGUCUAGCAUUCACCUCCUUCAAGACGUGCUGGUUUCGUGCAUGGGAGGCGAAACCAAAUAAUUACUCUAUAAUCUGUUGAUCUAUUGAGCAACUGCAGAACAAUCCCCUGAGGGAAAGUAAGCAGAACUGCUCGCAUAGCGGUGGUUGUUUCUCGAUGGUGCAGUUGCAGCAAGCAGUAUCACAUUGAUUGUUGCAUCCUGCAGAAGGAUUCAACAGAAGAGUCCCCAUAUCAUAAGGCAUGGGUAUGAUGAUGCUACUAUAAGAAGGAAUAAAACCGGGUAAAAGGAUGCAUUGUUUUCAGUUUUUGCCAACAUUACCUGUCACAUUAAGAACCUGUGGUGGUCUUUCUGGAUUACGAAGCUCCGGAAAGAAAGGAAUGCGAGAGGGAGAGGCUACUGCGUUUGCUCCGAGAACGAUGAUCAGAGCUAUCAUCCAGCCAAAUUCUGCAAGACAACUUCAUUUGCUGUCAGUGACAGUGAACUAAAUGGGAGCUGCUGUGCUGGGUUGUGGGCAGUGUGAUGUUAUCUUCAUUUGCGAGGUUUAUAUACAUCAUCUGGGGGCAGAGUUCUAAAUACAAAAUAGUAGUUCUUGUACAUUGGCCUGCAGAAUAUAAAGAAAGAUGAAGCUGGUCAUUGGAUACUGCUGUAUACCACCUCACAGUUUUUUCCAAUCUCAUAACCAGACGGCCAUGUAUAUAUUGUUGAUUAUAAGAUCUUUAAUGAGCAGAUAAAACGUAUCGAAAAUUUGAAAUUCAUUGAUCGAUCGAUCGA